UUUAACCUUUCUUAAAGCCUGUAUUUAGAGGGAGGACGAUCAAGUAAACUUGAUUUAGUCUCCCUAAACCCUAAAAUUUGGUUCAUUCUCCCGACCAAAUAUUGAACAUGGGAAACUGUGGUAGCAAUCCAAAGACCAAUGAAGGUCCUUCGGACAUUCCAGAGCCUGUGACCGAAGAGGUUGAGGUUGAACAUAAGGAGAGUGAAGCAAAUAUUGAGACCAAGACUGAGGAAACCCUAACUGAUGCAGAGAAUAAGUCUCUAAGAAACUUGCUUGAUGAGAAAGUAGAAGAGGCACUGAAGACAGAGGAAGUAAAGGCUGAAGCAAAGGCAGAAGAAGCUCAAAGUGGCGUGGUGAAGGUUGAAGAAGAGAAGCCAAAAGCAGAAGAAGUGACAAAGACUGAGGCCUAAUUAUAAAGAAUAGUGUGCAUGCUUGCGUUAUAUCUUGAAUACACACAUUUGUUCUCUUUCUGUUCAAUGGUCAAGAAAAAUUGACUACAUCUAAAUUCACCAUA